UUAACUCCUCAAUCUCUCAACAAAAGUACAAAACCAUAGUUGUCAUUCUUAUCUAGCUGUGUCUGCCGUUAUCACAGCCUUGAAGCAGAUAAAAAAAAUGGAGAUUAGCGCAUCUACAAAAUGCGACUUAAGCUUUGAACAAGCUUGGCCCUUUCUUCAUGAAGCCAUCAACAAGGUCAUUGGCAAUCUCGAAGGAGUUCACAAACGCGAGUUUACAUCUGAGGAAUAUAUGCAAGUCUAUACAACGGUUUAUAAUGUAUGUUACCCUAAUCCAAUGGGUCCCGAAGCUGAAAAACUGUACGAUCACUAUAGAAAGACUUUUGAAGAUUACAUUUCUUCCAAGGUAUUGCCAUCUCUAAGGGGAAAGAACGAUGAAAAUUUGUUACGAGAAUUGCUGAGAAGAUGGAAUAAUCACAAGACUAUGGUCAAAUGGCUUUCAAGGUUCUUUCAUUACCUUCAGAGAUACUUCAUUAGUAAGAAGAAGCUGCCUUCACUUGAAGGAACAGGCCACUCAGCAUUCUAUAAUCUGGUUUACUCAGAAAUCAACAAUGAAGUUAGAGAUGCCAUUCUAUCAUUGAUUGACAAAGAACGCAAGGGGGAACAGAUAGACCAGGCCAUGGUGAAGUCAGUCCUCGAUAUUUACUUGGAAAUUGGCGAGAAUUCUAUGAAGUACUAUGCAAAAGACUUUGAAUAAUCAAUGAUCAAAGACACGACGACGUUCUAUUCACAGAAGGCCUUAAACUGGAUUGAAACCGAGUCCUAUGAGAAUUACAUGGUUAAGGUUGAGGAAUGCUUGGAACAAGAGAAAGCCAGAACUUCAAGUUACUUGAAUUACAGAAGUAAAUUCAAAUUAUUAGAGGUUGUACAACAUGAAUUGCUUAAUGUACAUGCAAGCAAACUAGAAGAAAAGAAACACAUCCCUGAGACAGCUGCAUAAAAUGUAUGGAUGGAAAUUAAGCAUGUCUGGCUACUUAUUUUGGCAGUAUCAUACUUGAUACUGCAGAAAAAUGCCAUUUUGACUUCUUCUUCUUCUUCUUCUUCUUUUUUUUUUCCCUUUUUUUCUUUGGCUUUUAAGCUAUUUUAUGUUCUGCAUAUUUUCGCUGGUUUAUUGAGAAAUUGUGAGUACUGGAAAUCUUGAUGUAUUUUGAGAAAUUUCAUUUCCGU